AUGAGACCAUGCGAGAAGAUAAUAUAUGAGAUUAGACCACCUUAUUUUAUAAUAACGUUGAAUUCCGCUCAAAAUUAUAAUGCGCUCUCAUAUGACGACUAUCUUUACUUGACGUCAGUACUCGAAGUAUCUAAUAAUAACGAAGAUUGUUGUUUUACGGUACUUCAAAGUACAGGAAGCUUCUUCUCCAGUGGAGCGGAUUUUAAUUCUGUCCCAAUAGAAUCUAGCAAUGAUGAAUCACAUACUGAAAGAAAGAAAAAAUGGCUGGAAAAUUUCCUGUGUAAGAAUCAAUACAUUACAAAUGCUUUUAUCAACCAUGAUAAAAUAUUAGUCGCUUGCCUUAAUGGUCCUGUAGUCGGCCUUAGUGCAGCUAUAGUGUUUCUUUGUGAUUUGGUCUACUGUAACAAUAUAAACAAUAUUUACUUCUAUUUCCCCUUUACAAAAUUGGGACUCUCGUGUGAAGGAUCUGUAUCAGUGACGUUGCCAAUGAAAUUAAGUAGAAAUCAAAGUUACCAGAAAUUAUUGUUCAGUGAACAAAUAAUGGGGAAAGAAGUUUUAAAUACCGUGAUAAAUAAAGAUUUCAAGCUUUCAAAAGAUGCUACUGUUGAUACUUUUAAUGCAAUGGUACUAGAGGAAUUGAGCCAAAAUACGAAAAAUGUUUAUCUGCCAAGUUGCCUGAAUAUGAAAAAAUUAUUGAAGACACAAGCCUUAGUAAAUAGUUUAAAUUUGGCAAAUUCAAUGGAAGUGCAUGGAGCAUUGCCAUUCUGGAUCAAUGGGGAACCUCAAAGGCGAUUCAAAGUUCUCAGGGAGGAAAAAAUGAAAGUAUCACGAAAAAGUAGGUUAUAG